AUGGAAGGCGUCUCUGUCCUUUUUUGGUUCCUGUGGUUUCUCAUAGUGAAUGUUUUUGUUGAUGAGGCCCAACAAAAUCCGGAGUUUUCGGUUGAAAGACUGUUUGAUGCAUUCAAAAAUGGAAUAGAUCCAGAAGUGUAUCAAAACAUAACAGAAGUAAUAUCUUCAAAGGGCUAUAAAACUGAAGAACAUUACAUAACAACUGAAGAUGGUUAUAUUCUCUGUGUCGUUCGGAUCUUACCAAAUUGUUAUCCUGCUUCAGGAAAACCAAAAGUGGUAUUCUUGCAACAUGGGCUUCUAGACUCUGCUCACACAUGGGUUAAUAAUCUUCAGAACGAAAGUUUGGGGUUCAUUCUUUCUGAUAACUGCUAUGAUGUAUGGCUUGGUAAUAGCCGUGGAAGUACUUAUUCAUCGAACCACUGUGCUGAAAAAUUAAGUUACGUCGGACACUCACAGGGUUGUCAAAUCGCAUUAGCGUGUUUCGAUGAGCAUCCUUUACUACAGUUACGUAUUGAUUUAUUUAUUGCUCUCGCACCAGCUGCAUAUCUGGGAUCUGUUAAAAGUCCUAUACGUUAUAUAGCUCCAUUUAUAAAAGCAGUUGAACCAGUUGUUGAAUGGUUUGGAAACGGUGAAUUUUUGCCAUCAAGCAAAAUUAUGCAUUUUUUGGGCACAUUCGUAUGCAAACCCAAUCACAUCCCUUUUGUAUGCAGUAACAUAAUAUAUUUGAUCGCUGGGUACAAUGUCAAAAAUACGAAUGUGACACGUCUGCCGAUCUACGUUGCGCAUACACCAGCUGGAACAUCGGUUCAAAAUAUGGUACAUUAUUGUCAAGGUAUAAUGACGGACCGCUUCCAAAAGUAUGACUAUGGAACUGAAAAGAAUUUGGAAGUAUAUGGUCAACCCAAUCCACCAUUGUACGAUAUUUCCAAACUAAAAGUGCCCAUUGUAAUUUAUCAUGGUGGUCAUGAUUGGCUUGCCUCAACUAAAGACAUCUACAAACUUAUCAAUCAGAUUAACUAUACUGUUUCAUCUGUACACUAUUUCCCACUCUACAAUCAUUUGGAUUUUGUAUGGGGUUUGAAUGCUGCUGAUAUAUUAUAUCCCUCAGUUCUAGAGCAACUUUCGAGAGUCUAA